AUGUCUAUCUCUAUCAAUUCUCCUGCUGAUUUUCAUGUUCAUUUGCGACAAGGUUCCAUUUCAGAACUCAUAACACCUCAUGUUCGCAAAGGAGGAUUUGACGUUGCCUAUGUCAUGCCAAAUUUGAAGCCACCUGUUACCACCACUGAGCAGGCACUUCAAUAUAAAGCCGAUCUGGAGAGGAUUGAUCCCAAUGUCAAAUAUUUGAUGACAUUAUAUCUCUCCCCAGAACUGACGCCGGAUGAGAUCAGGAAGGCAAAACAAGCAGGCAUUGCAGGCGUUAAAUCGUACCCCCGUGGAGUAACGACCAAUUCUGACGGAGGAAUUGAAUCAUAUGAGACUUACUAUCCCAUAUUCGAAGCGAUGCAACAAGUCGACAUGGUUUUGAAUUUGCACGGUGAAGUACCGUCAGACGCAGAGGCGGCUACACUCAUGUCGUUUCCACAGAAUAUUCAUGUACUGAACGCAGAGCCCAGUUUUUUGCCUCACUUGUUCAAGAUUCACAAUGCAUUCCCUAAAUUGAGAAUCGUGCUCGAGCACGCAACGACUCGGGCUGCUGUCGAAGCUGUAAAAAAAUGCGGACCCACCGUUGCCUGCAGCAUUACCGCCCACCAUCUUGCUCUUAUUGUGGACGAUUGGGCGGGCCAAUCGUGGAACUUCUGUAAGCCCGUCGCAAAGUUUCCAGACGAUCGACAGGCGUUACGAGACGUCGUAAAGGAAGGCCAUCCACGAUUUUUCCUUGGUUCGGAUUCUGCUCCCCACCCACCAGCUGCAAAAUCUACCAGUACCCCUACUCAUGCAUGCGCAGCGGGUGUAUAUACAUCCCCAAUUUUGCUGCCUCUCGUGGCCCAUUUGUUAGAAUCUUUUGGAGCACUCGACAAGCUGCAAAAUUUCGUCAGUGGAUUCGGGAGAGCAUUCUACCAAGAACCUAUAGACCAGAGUAAGGGGGCCAGAGUUAUCAAGCUGCGGAGACCGUCAUCGAAAAAGAUUGUCGAUGAUAAAUAUGUAUUGGGUAACGAAAGUUUGAUACCCUUUUGGGCUGGUAAAGAAAUAGGAUGGGAAAUCGAAGAAGACGAUUGA